AUGGACGGACUCAGUGCUGCUGCUAGCAUUAUCGCUGUGGUUCAAAUGGCUCAGGCUGUUGGUGGGGUUUUAAUGGAAUAUUACGAAGGAGUCAAGAGUGCUCGCGACGACAUUCAACGUCUUUAUCAUUCGAUCAAGAAUCUUGAGUCCGUCCUAAAGUCUGUUGACACUCUGCCACAUAACCUUUCAAUCAACAUCCAAACACUUUUAGAAAACAAAACGGGAACUCUGUCGCUUUGCAAGGCUGAGCUUGAUGGCAUCAAGAAGGAACUCGAUACCUUUUCGAAACAGCAAAAUCAUAUCGGAAAGCUGAAGUCUUUGAUAUGGCCGUUCAAGAAGAAAGAUGUGGAUAAACAUGUGGAUUUUAUCGAUAAGCAUAAGAAUGAUCUAGUGUUAGCAUUUGGAGUUGAGAAUUUGCACAUUUCCCUGCGCCACCAUGACAUCUUAGAGGAUAUUCACAGCGAAAUAAGAGCGGCUCAGAGAGACCAAGAGCGGAGCCAGAUAGUUGAUUGGCUUGCAAAGUCGCUCCCUGAUCCAUCCACAGAGCAUAACAUCGCCCGAGAAAAGUUUCAAGAGGAUACGGGAUCCUGGCUAAUAGACGGAAAUCAUCUCAACACCUGGUCGAAAUCUAGUAAUUCAUUCUUUUGGCUCAACGGGGGCGCGGGGGCCGGAAAAUCGAUUUUAUGUUCUACUGUGAUUGAGCAUAUUCAGCAACUCUGCAAACAAGAAAUAAAUGUUGUUGUCACAUACUGGUAUAUCAAAUUCGACAACUUGAAUACACAGAGCGUUUCCAAUAUAAUUCGUUCUUGGAUUAGAGACAUUUGUAGCAAUCGUCGAGAUACGCCGCAAACUUUGAAAGAUGCAUAUUCCCAUUGCAAUCAUGGUCAGCAGCAACCGACUUUCAAAAAAAUGAUGAAAAUCCUCAAGUCUGUUGUGGUUGGCCUUCAAGAUGUUUAUUUGGUUGUGGAUGCUCUGGAUGAGUAUCCCAAGACAGAACGGGAUUUAUUACUGGAGACUCUCAAGGAUAUUCAUCAAUGGAAGAUUGAUUCUAUACACAUCUUUGUCACGAGUAGAGUAGAGGACGAUAUUCGAUAUCAUCUAGCUAAUUUGAGCGAGCGGGAUGUUUCGGAUAGCUACCAAAGCAUUAGAGUUCAAGAUCCAAACAUUUCUGAAGAUAUCAAAAAGUUUCUCAAUAACAAAAUAUGUGACUUCCGACAAAAGAUGUGGAGUUCUGAAUUGAGAGAAGAAGUUGUGGAUUCCAUUGUGCGACAAGCCGAUGGUAUGUUCAGAUUAGCAGCACUUCAAUUGGAUUCAUUGAAACGGCAUAGGACUGUGUCAGCAAUCAGAAAGGGAUUGAACCAACUUCCAAGCUCCCUGGAUAAGUAUUACGAAAGAGCGCUGAAAGACGUACCUGAGGAGGAUCAGUACUACGUCAAAAUUGCCUUACAAUGGAUUGCUUGCGCUGCACGCUCGUUGACAGUGUCAGAACUUUCAGAAGCAGUGAUGGUUCAGGUUGAGACUCCUCCAUAUCUGAAUGAAGAAAAGAGAUUAAGCUGCGAGGGCAACGAUUUCAUUCUUCUUGAUAUGAUUCCAUCAACAUUCAUUACGGUCUAUGAAAAAGAAUACUCGUGCUACAAUCCCGCAAUAUGGAACAUAAAUCCGUUCAUUCAAUUCGCCCACUAUUCCGUCCAGGAGUUCUUACAAUCAAGCCGUACGUCUGAUGGACCCGUCAAUGAAUAUCAUAUACGAGAGUUAGAUGGUAAUAGAUCAAUUGCAGCGCGGUCUAUAGCAUACUUACUUCAUGUUGGUUCGAUGUUGAAGUAUCCAUAUCCUGAAGUAAUCGACAUAUACCAAAGAUUCCCCUUGAUCUAUCACGCAGCUCUCUGCUGGACUUAUUAUAUUCAGCGCCUUGAGAUUCAAAGUAGUGAGCCUGAUAAUCUCGUGGAUUUUGUUCGUAAAAUGGUAUUGUUGUUGAUAAAUGACAGCCAACCCACGCUGAACAACCAAUCCGCGCCGAUCGAUCCAGACUCAUGGAACAAUCGAAAUGCGUGGGAAGUAUCACAAAUAAUCUGCAAGGGUGCAGAACCAGAGCUUCCGUAUUCCGCAAAAGAAUUAGCACAUGCGUAUAAUCCUCUUGAAGUUUACUUAGACUCUAGUUCCGUUGUAUCAUGUCCCUUAUCUUGGCUUUGUUUUCAUGGCUUGACUGGUUUGAUCCAGCACUUGUUAAGCAACGCGCCACGCGAGUCCAGGGAAAUCAAUGAAUCGAGAAUUUCCGCUCUAGGGACACCUUUACAUGCCGCAGCUUUGGGAUCGCAUCUUUCGGAGAGGACUGUCAUGCUACUGCUUGCGGCAGGAAUGAAUCCAAACGCUCCGGGGGGAGAGUGGCGUUAUCCACUACUUGCCGCUGCUCGCUUGAAUCGACCAGAAAUUUGCAAACUAUUGUACGAGGCCGGUGCAGAACUUCAAGCUGAGAUGGGCAUGUGGAAUGAAACUGCAUUGCACAUCGCCUGCGAACACGGUCAUGUGGAAGUAUGUAAAUUUCUCUUAGACGAAGGAUUUGACAUUGAACAUCGUGGGUCCUCUGAUGAGUUGGGAACACCAUUAUUGGUAGCUUCAAAACACCAAAAAUUAGAAGUUGUGAAGUUAUUAUUAGCGUCGGGUGCGGACAUUGAGGCGGAACAUGAUACAUACACACCAUUGCAGUAUGCAUCAGCGUCUCACGAUUUGCAAAUGUGUGAACUACUCCUACAUUCCGGUUGCGAUGUGAAUCACAAGACUAAAGUUGUGAAUCGUACAACUAAACAAAUAGUGGGCGAGUACUCUCCACUUCAUCGGGUCUUUUCAUUUUUUUGGCAAGUGCGCCCUUUUGGUGUAAACGAUAACGACCCAUGUCCAACAAUCAAGCUCUUGCUGAAAUACGGUGCCGAUAUACAUGCUAGAGAGAAACCUUGCCUGAGAGAUGGUUAUAGGGCUACCGCAAUCUAUCUCUGCUUAGAUUAUUACGAAUCCCUAUUUUUCACUCCGAUUAAGGACAAUUUCGAUUCUAUAUUGGAUUGUGCUAUAGAUAUUCUAUUAGACGCAGGUGCUGGAGAUGGCCCAGAAGGGGCGGAACUACUUUCAAUCCUAAAAGAAAAAUGUACCACGUUAGACGGGCAACGAAGACGUAAGAUCCGGCUCUAUGAAAUGGAAGGGAGUUUUAAAAAUCCAGAAAGAUAUGAAGCAAUGGUUGAGCCGUGGAGUAAAGCUGUUGACUUGUACCGUGAAACACAUCACCGAAUAUACAAGCAGCAGAAGAAAGAACGAAAGAAAUUGACGCAGGGAUGCUCUGUAGAAGACACUGGGGAAAGACAAUUUAAUGUGGAAGAUGAGAAAGUGGCUAAUGGGGAAAUACGCAGGCGAAAUAUCAUGCCUUAG